GCUCAGUCCCAACUCCACGCUGAGCCAUGAAUUCGGUUUCCCCCUCUGCGGCUCAGUACGUGGGGAGCGGGAUGCUGGACGACCACGUCGCAGGGAGGAGGUCCCACUCGCUGGACGCCAGGGCCCAUUUCGGCCACGUCCCCGUCACCGACGGCAACAGGGAGGGUCCCGGAGAGCCGGACGAAGUGGACCGUCUCAAAGCCAAGCUGAUGUCGGCCUGGAACAACGUCAAAUACGGCUGGUCAGUGAAGUCGAAAACUAGUUUCAAUAAAUCUUCCCCCCUAAUCCUGAUGGGUCAGUCAUACCUGCUCAACCAUGAAGACGAGGUAGAGCGUUUUCGCCUGGCGUUCGUGUCCAGGCUGUGGCUAACGUACAGGAGGGAGUUUCCACAGUUGGAGGGCUCCAGUCUGACCACUGACUGCGGCUGGGGCUGCAUGCUACGCAGCGGGCAGAUGAUGCUGGCACAGGGACUGCUAAUGCACCUGCUGCCGAUGGGCUGGACGUGGGCGGACAGCCAGCAGCUGAUGGACGUGGAUUUCGAGGUUCUGAGGCCGCGUUCCCCGCCCCGCUCUUCCGGAAUGUCCAUUCCCACAUUCGGCGCCUUGAGGUCCGCGAACGCGUCGCCGCGAGGUCUCGGGACCAACCCGACCCCCAACGACAGCCUGAAACGGACCCCCGGGAAGCGGCCCGAAACCGGCCGGGACCCUCGGACGGAAGAGCUGCACCGCAGGGUGGUGUCGUGGUUCGGGGACCAGCCGCCCGCCCCGUUCGGGGUUCACCAACUGGUGGAGCUGGGGAAGAGUUCUGGGAAACGGGCGGGAGACUGGUAUGGCCCCUCUGUGGUGGCUCAUAUACUUCGAAAAGCAGUGGCCAAAUCCACAGAGGUUCCCAACCUGACCGUGUAUGUGGCCCAGGACUGCACUGUGUACAAAGAGGAUGUGGUUCGACUAUGUUACUCAUCGGAGGCCAGUCCAGAAUGGAAAUCGGUCAUCAUACUGGUUCCAGUUAGACUGGGAGGAGAGUCUCUUAACCCGUCUUACAUUGAAUGUGUGAAGAACAUUCUUAAGUUAGAAUUCUGUAUUGGAAUCAUAGGAGGCAAACCAAAGCAUUCCCUGUUUUUCAUAGGGUUCCAAGAUGACCAGCUGUUGUAUUUGGAUCCACACUACUGUCAGCCUGUGGUGGAUGUCACACAGGGGAACUUCUCACUGGAGUCCUUUCACUGUAACUCUCCCAGGAAGAUGAGUUUCUCCCGUAUGGAUCCCAGCUGUACCAUUGGCUUCUACGCCCGCAGCAAGAAAGACUUUGAGUCUCUCUGUUCUGCUGUUAGCGUGGCUUUGACGUCCACGAAGGAGAAGUACCCCAUCUUUACGUUUGUGGAGGGAAGGGGGCAAGACUAUGGUCUCGAUGAGCAAAGCCUAGCGCACACUAACCCGUCCCCCCAUAUCCUGCCCCCCGGGAGACUGGGUAGGAACGAAAAGAGGAACAGCACGGAUGAGUUCGUGCUUCUCUGAGAACGGAGUUCCGCGUAACACCCGCUCUCUACUCAGACCAGAGAACGAACCGGCACCUGGUUAAAACUGACCGUAGAAAUCCCUGAAUCUGUCACUCUGCACUACCAAACAAAACGGCCAGUAAGAGGCCUUCACUCAAACUGAACUCUUGUGUGAUGUUUGUGGCAUGGAUUGUAAAAUGGAUGAAUUUGUCCUUUUUUUUUUGGUUUGUGCAGCUUAAUUUAUUCCUUUAGCCUCAGACACACACACUGUGAUUUUGUUCUGUUUCGUCGUGCUGCUGCCCUCUCAUCUCUUCGGAGAGACACGGGUAAUGCUAAUAAUAUGUGACAGUGGGAAUAACUGAGAACU